AUGGAAGGUUCCAGCUCUGACUCCGACCGUCCCCCUGAAGUCCCGGAAGAGGAAGGGACUCCUACACUUAAGCCACCAAAGCAUUCUCCUACAAAAAAGCGCAACAAUGCAACAUCGCGGGUUAACCAACCAUUUUUGCGACACUAUGGGUCAAAAGUCGCCACCACAGUGCAUACUCAACUGCACAAUGCACAGCGGCUUCCACCCGCUACGGCAAGCGAAAUAUCCACUGCAAGGCAAGAGCGCAGCAAGCUGGCUCUUAAUCAGACAGAGGCCGUUGGGUUGAUGCCCUUACAUGAAGACAACAAUGAUAUCCUGAGAGCUGUACCUGAAAGCGUAGAGUUUCAAGUUGAUUUCAAGGAUCCCAACAAAAUCGAGGCCGUAACUCCGCUACAGCGAGACGUAGUGCUACAAAAUGUUAGCAGUUAUACUGUUUCCUUUGGCAUACUACCCCCAUCUUCUUCUGCUUUCUCGCUGUCGAUUCCCCACAAGAAGUCUUUCCUUCCUUCCGGCAUGCAGCAGCGGAUACAGAUUUCCUUCAACCCGCUUGUUUGCGCUCCCCAAUCAGAGUUCAUCCGAAUAAUCUUCUGCACUAAGGCAUCAGAACACAGCUCAUCUCCAAUUAAAAAAAACAGAGACGACGGCAGCGCAUGUGCCCAGACUCCGAUGUAUCUGAAGCUGAUUCACCUGAAAGCAAUAGCUCACUGCACGCCCAGCAAGCAGCAUGCUAUGGUACCUUCCAGCACUAGUUUCAAUGAAUCAUACAGAAAUGAUGACCAAGAGGAUUUUCUACUAUCUUCCAUAGCGGCUAGUGUGGAUUUUGGCCCAACGCACUUGGGGACAGUGGCACAACGUCGCCUUGUUCUUCCUGCUACAACGUUGUUGCCCAUCAAGUUCACAGUAGAACUUAAAGGAAAAAGUGGUGCAUUUUCUGUAAAGCCGUUGAGCGGUAUGAUUGGAGCUCGAGCGCCUGUAACUCUUUGGUUACGAUUUGCUCCCCACCUUCGUUCAGAGUACUCUGAUGAAUUGUUGUUGUACUUCGCCAGUAAAUCCAGUCCUCAUCGAGUAGAGCUUCUAGGGAAGGGCAUACCUGCAGAGAUUGGCAACGAGCCUGAAAAACCUUCUAGCAACGUUGGCAGGGCUCUACAGAGCUUAACUAAGCUGCCAGCGUCAACGCAGGGGGAGACUGAGCCCGCAGACUCCUAUGGAGAAAAGGCACCAGAAGAAGGCACUCCCAAUCAAAACUUGAAACAAUUCGAAAGCUGUGAGAGCCUUCAUACAAAUGAAAAGGAGAAGCCAGGGCCACAGUAUUGCGCCGUUGACUCAGCAGCUCCACAGUGUGUUGAUAUGCCACAGGAUCUGCCCAAGCAAAUUUCCGUUGCUCAAAGCUCUGAGCGGCCUUCAUCUAAACGUGAGCGCAAUGUCAAUGAAGAGAACAACUCUAUCACUACGACGAACACAGUGAAACGCCCUGAGAACAGCAAGUGGGGCGACGAAACUAUUUCAAGGCAGUGCCUUGAUGAGCGCUGGGCAGAUCUCGUAGCAGUCCUCAGAGCACAAAAGCUUGGAACGCAUACAGUCAAAGGUGCUGCUUUACCUUCCGAUACCGCAAUUCAGAAAAUUCAAGUUAAGAAGGCAGAGAACACUCAGCGGCUGCUUAAGCUGUUGCAGCAUCAAGAUAGAAUUCGCAGUAGCUGUUCAUUUUUAGGAGCUCCCGUUGUCCCGUCUUCACAGACCAAUCUGUCUCCGGUCAUUGAACCCGGCUCACGGGAAAUGCAGGACACAUUAAGACAACUGUGGAAACAUGAGCUUACCACCAAAUUUAAGCAAGCUGUUGCUGUAAUCAUUGUUCGCAACAGAAUUGCAAAGCGCCUGUCAGCAAUGCGUUCAUGGGCUCGUUUACGUGGGAUGAGAGAAGAGCCCGUUCAAAGCAAAAUGAAGGACAAGGCAAGCCUGAAAAAUCAACAGAAGCAUCCGCACCUCUCUCAGCCUCCGGUAGAGGAGGCUGCUAGAAGAGCAAGCCAACAGGAAGUCUUAGAACGAAAAAACGUAAUCCAGUACACAGAUUCAAACGAAAGGUGCUUCGCUAGGCACGGGGGUUAUACGCCGCAAACGGCGCCAACCACAUCACAAGUAGCUUCAGCUGGAUUAGAGGCCUCAGCUCCUGCAAACUUUUCGGAAGCUUCUGUGGGUAUGCAAGGCGAAAAACUUGACCUGGUAAAUACCGAGAGCAGUUGGAAAGUAAAACUAUCUCCUCCUCGGCUUUCACUUCCAACAGACAGCAGGGAAGAGUGGGAAAGGCAAAGCAUUCCAGGCCCUCAGUUCUGGGGAAAGGAACAUUUGAAUGUCGGUGAAUUGCUCACGUGCAUGCACCACAAUGCUGCAUUGUCGCCAUUAGCUAAGUGUGACGCUGACGUCUUCCGCCUUAAAGAAACAGAUUUCGUAACAUGCACUGGAGGGCUUGAGGUCACCGACGCUGAUCUCCUGCACAGUUUCUUAGAUGCAACCCCGCCACUGAUCGAUGACAAACCCUGGGCAACACCCAUGAUAGAUUCAUCUCCUAUUCCACAAAGCGCUCAUGAUAUGCGCUCCUGGAAAUCAAAAUCUGAAGGAUCCUCCGUUAGUUUGGAAGUUCCUUCUCUUUUGCCGCCUGAAGACCCCGAUGAACUGGCUGCAUUGACAUGGCGUUUCACCAUGCCGGCAGCUCCCGGCUCAAGCGCGUGCAUGCCGUUGCCUCUGGUCGUGGAAACAGACCUCGCACAUUUUUUUCUCCGGGUGGGCAAAACCGCUUGCUCAGUGUAA